UUACUACCUUAUUUACCUAUGGGUAGGUGUUUAAUGUAAUGCUCAUACGUUCAGCUUAUUAAAUUACAUUUUUUUUUAAUACAAUUUAAAUGUUCCUCAGUAUAAAAUUAAAACAUCUACUAAUAACAUUGGUUUUGACAUCAAUAUUUGCUGAAAUCGCAGGAAUAAAAUGGGGAGCGGCUAAAGCAGCGAAAAAAAAAAAGAAAAUUACAGAUAAGAAAAAUAAAGAAACGGAAGGACUUUGUGAAACACUCGAAGACUUUUAUCGACAAAAAAUAUUUAUAAAAGUAGCUAAUCGGUAUUUUAAAUCUGAAGAAGGAAAAGGUCUAAAAACCCGCGUAAAUGCAGGUAAAAAAAAGAAAAAAAGGCAUAAAAAAAAACCACCUAGAAUCCAUAAUUGUCUUGACUCAUUGGAUUAUAAUGAAUUUUUAACACAUUAUUACAAAAACAACGAAAAAAAGCCGAUACAAUUAAAAUGUGAUUUACUUAAGCCUAAAUUAUCAUUUGUACCCGAAGUUCUAUGCGAAACAAUUGGGCAGUAUUUUCUUCAAUUUGGUGUUAAAGUGUACUAUAAUUUUUUUAAAUAUUUAUUUAACAUAGGAAAAAAAGCAAAAAGAGGUAUUUUUUCAAGAAGUGUGACUGGUCAAAUGAAACGUCUUGUCAAAAAAUAUGAGGAAAGCGGAGACAAGGAGAAGCAUGCGAAAGAAAUUCAAAAAUGGGUGGAUAGGUUUUAUGAUCUGAGUUGCAGUAAGAUUAUGCCACAUUAUAAUGCAUUUUACAUAUUUUACAAUGAUUAUUCAAAGUCUAAAGAACAUAAGGGUUUUGUUAAAACUGCAACUUGUGAUUAUUUUGUACGCAUACCUAGAAUAGAUACAGAGAAUGAAAUACCCAAAAAGUUAACAAAUAAAGUAUAAACCAUAAAUUAUGGAUUCGUGUUUAGGUGAAAAAACUUUUACAAGGGUAGCGAUAUAGGCAUAUAUUUUUAUGUUUAAUAUUUUUAUUAAAUGACAUCCUUUAUCAUUAUAUCCUAACUAUUAUAGUAUGCAUAUAUCAUUAUAGCAUUAACAUUUAACACACAGUGUGUUACACACUUAUAUUGUAUUUGUAAACCGGAAGACUAAAAUAAAGAAAAACAAUUACAUAGGUACUUAAUA